AUGAAAAUUUUAUAAUCCACAGAAUGGAAAUCAUUACAUGUUGAUGCUUUAAAUGCAUUAAACUUAUUAAUCGAAUAAGAGAGUUAACUUUUAGAUAUACUACAAUAAGAAAAAUUGUUCUUAUAACAAAUAAUUUAUUAAGCAUUUAAUUUAGCUUUGGAUGAUUAUUUGAUGGCACUUACUGAAUUUUUAUCCUUAUAUUUAUAGGCAAAAAGAGAAUUAAAGUUUGAAGAUUAAUAUAAUAUUACUAUGGAUAUUCUCAAUAGAGCCAUUCAAACUAAAGAUUUGUAAAUUAUUUAUGGUUCAAUACUCUUGGCUAAUUGCUUAAGUGAAUAAGAAUUUACAUUUUUUUAGUAAAUUUACUCUAUUGCUGAUAUUAUUGUAGAAUAUCUUGAGUAAGAACUCUCUUAAUUUGAAUAUAUUGUCAUUUUAAAGGUAAAUUAAAUUUUAUAUAUUUAAAGACUCUUAGAAUCUGCAUUAAAAAAAUGUCUGAAUUAUUAUUUCCUCUAAUUGGCAAAAAUAAUAUUAUGGAAAUACUGUUUAAUUUAACCUAAAAAUUAGAAAAACAAGCAGGAAAAGAUCUUUUAAAAUUAAUAUCUUGCUGUUAUAAAUCCUAUACAAAUUUGAGCUUUGUGAUUGAAGAUCAAGUUUUGAAUAAAUUUGUUCAAAAAUGCCUAAUGGAAUAUCUUGAGAAAUUUAUAGAUUUUUAUGCUUAGUCUAACUUUGCCUAUUGUUAUAAAAUAAAAGUCUUAGAUAAACUUAUUAAUUGCUAAAAGUAUAUUCAAUUUAGACUCUAAGAAUAAUAGUAAUUCAACCCUUAAUCUUUUAUAGUAUAAAAAUGUAUAUUUAUUAUUAGAAAUUUUUUGGUGUGGUGGAGUAAGCAAUAGACUAAGUGAAUCUUAAGGUUGAAUAAAUUUUAUAUUAUAUAGAAGUUCUCUCAAAUAUAUUAUAAAUAGAAGAUAUGCGUUAUUAAACAGAAGUUCUGAAAUUGAUUCCUAAUUAACUAUAUGAUUAAUUAAAUAAUCUUAGUGUACAUGAAAAUGAAAGAGUAGCCUAAGAAACAACUAAUUUAAUUGUAUUAUUGCAAUUUUGUUGA